AAACUUGUUAAACCGCAACAGAGAAGAGAAGAAGAGAAAUAUUUUUAUAAAAAUUAUUUAAUAAAAUAUCAAAAAUUUCAUUGCCAAAUGGGGCACGCACUGCGCAGUAUAUCAAAAUAAAUGAAUUAAAAGAAAUUUUCAAGUAUUUUUUUUGUCAAUCCUAUUUUGGACAAAAUUUCGGUCUACAUAACUUGAAAAAGCAUUUCCUGAAAUUCAAGUCCCGGCAAUUGUAUAUAUAUAUAUCAGCACAGUAACUGCAAACAAAUUCGUCUCGUCCCGUAUUUUAUAUCUAAGUUAAAAGCCCUAUAACAAUAUAAAAAUGAGCUGGCAAGACUACGUUGAUAACCAAUUAAUGGCCUCCCAAUGCGUAACAAAAGCCUGCAUCGCUGGACAUGACGGUAAUAUUUGGGCUUCUUCAAAAGGCUUUGAGGUUACGAAAGAAGAACUUUCAAGAUUGAUUUCCGGGUUUGAUAAUCAAGAGCUUCUUACCAGCAACGGUGUUACAUUGGCCGGUCAGAGAUAUAUUUAUUUAUCGGGUACAGAUCGUGUUGUGCGUGCUAAAUUUGGUCGAAGCGGCGUGCAUUGCAUGAAAACCACACAAGCCGUAAUUGUGUCCAUUUAUGAAGAUCCCGUUCAGCCCCAACAGGCCGCUUCUGUUGUAGAAAAACUCGGAGAUUAUCUAAUUACUUGCGGGUACUAGAUAUUAAAAACAAAAAAAAAAUACAUAUUAUACAUAAAAGUAAUUAUAAUA